UUGCUAUUUAUUUACGAAAGGUGUCGCUACUUAUCAUUUUAGCAUUGAUAUUUCGAUGUUUACGAAAUGAAUAGAUAUAUCUGCGAUUGUUAAAUUUAACGUUGUCAGUCACGUAAUUAUAAUUAAGUUCUUACGUAGAUUGGAAGUCGGAUAAUUUUAAUUUAUUCAUAUAAAAAAAAGAAUGAAACAGAAAAGACAGUAUUUUUAAUGCUUGAGAUGGCAAUGUCUAAACUGCAUACUGGUAAUUAUAUUGCUUUCAACAAUUGUUCUGAAGGCAUGGUGUGAACAAUAAGACAGGUUAUAUGAAGAUUAUAAAGUAUGGAUUCUCAGCAUCAGAUAAAAAAUACAGCCACACAACAAAAGGAAUUCCAAUGUCCAGUCUGUCUCAAAUUCUUUAGUCGUAAAUUUACACUAGAGAUGCAUUUUCUUAUUCAUCAAGGAGUAAAACCUCAUGCAUGCCCGUUUUGUGGAAAAUGUUUCCGUCAAAAAGGAACAUUAAUGAGACAUAAAGCCUUGCAUAGUAGUACAGCUUUGUUUCAUUGUGGCUUGUGUAAUAGAAGUUUUCGACAGAAAAAUGUGUUUUUGCACCAUCUUAAACAUCGUCAUAAAGUAUCAACAGAAAAUUUGGACAGACGAAAAUGGAGAACACAGAUAGCUGAUGGUGAGAGUCUCAUGAAUACAUUGCCAUCAUUUGCAUCUGCAGAUACUAUUGCUAUUAGCACAUCAGAUAAAAACUUAGAAAAUAUGCUUUUUAAUACUUAUUAUACGUUUGAUAAUCAUUCACAAAGUAAUGAUCUCAGAAAUAAAUCAGUUGUAUUUAAUACAAAUAAUCUUUCAAAUCAAAAUGAUGGUAACAAUCAAGAAAAUAUUCUUGAUAAUUCUACAAAAUUACCAAUGCAAGCAACUUCUGAUAAAAAUUUUUCAGAUUAUUUCAAUAAAAAUAUACCACAGCCCAAUUCUAUUUGGCAAUGUAAUGUAUGUAAUUAUGAAAUUCCUUUUGAUUAUUUAACUUGUAGUGCUCAUGUGUCUGUUCAUGAACAGAAAUUUAAAUAUAAAUGUUGUCUUUGUUUGAGACUAUUCUUAACAAAUUCGGAAUAUCAUCAGCAUAUGACUCUCUUCCAUGGAAAUUCAAAACUUGUCUCAAAAGAAAGUUCUUCUUGUUCCAAGUUUUCAAUGUCUCAAAAUAAUGCAGAUUCAAUACAUUCUCAGUUGCUUGCUCUUCCUUCCACCAGUAAUUCUAAUAUAAUUUCUUCUGAAAAUAAUAAUGAUAAUUCAAAAGCAUCAACUUAUUUUAACAAUGGUGAAAUGAAUAAACAGUCUAGCUCAAUAGAUUCUCAUUUAAUACAACAGCAGAGUAAAGCAGAAACGACUUUUACUUGCAUUCCAUGCCAGAUGGAUUUUACAGUUGAAGAAGAUUUUGAAUGCCAUGUAAAAACUCAUGUACAAAGUGUACUUUUAAGUGAUUCUGAAUCUAUUGAAGUUGAUAGUUCUAAUAAUAAUGAAAGUGCUGAAAAUAGUCCCUCUUCAGGUAAAGUUUUCCAUUAUCCAAAUGAAACAUCUUCAAAUAUGCUAUCAGUAAAUGAUGACAAUAUAAAAAAUAUAAUGAGAUAUCUUCCUUCAGAUAUUGCAAUGAAUUCAGAAGCAGGAAGGCAAAACCAUUUAGAUAAUAUAAUUAUUCAUAAUAAUACAAAAACAAGUCAGUCUUAUGAUCAUGAUGUUAUGCAUAAAUCUGGUAAAUAUAAACAAGAAAAACUAGAACUUGAAGAAUAUUUAAAUAAUAAUGAACAAACAUUUCAUACAAUAAAUUCCGACUAUAACUCCAUGAAAUUAAAAUAUUGUACAACUAAAGAUUUUUCCAAUGAAAAGGUUACAGUGGAUUCAUCUGGUUAUAUUGAGCCUUCUGGAUUACAAACAUCAAAUAUAAAAACAAACAUAAAAUUCUUGUCAAAUAGCAACACUAAUUCAUCAAUGUAUUUCAAUACCAAAUACUUGAAAUCAACACCCAGAAAAACUAAACCUUUACAAAAUAUUGAUUCAGAAAACCAAUUUUUAAAUGAUCAUACUAAUAUAUUGUACUUGUGUCCUUUUUGUAAAAAAUAUUUCAGUACUGCUGAACGACUUUGUUGUCAUACAAUGUUACAUGUACGUUCUGUUAAAUCAAAAACCCAUCAGAAAAUUACUACUACUAAAAAAUUUCCAACUGAUGGAAAACUUAAAGUACCAAAAGAAAACUGUUCUUAUUCAGUAAAUUCAAAGGAAUGUAUCACUACAUCCUUAAAAUCAAAAGAAUUUAAUAAUUCUAACAUGAUUGAAAAAACUGGAACUAAAUCUAAAAUAUUUUCUUCAAAAAUAAAACAGAAUUGCUAUCAAAACAGAAGAAAAAUGAAUAAUACAUUGUCUCCAAAUGAGAUGGAUUCUGCAACUUCAAAAUGGUUCAAGAAAAAUGUUCAAGUAGAACAUAAAACAAAUAGUGAGAGAUCAUCUUAUGGAAACCACUUUAAAUGCAAACAAUGUAAAAAAAUAUUUGUUAAAAAAUCAAUCUAUUAUUAUCAUAUGCAAAUGCAUUUAAAAACUCAAACAUUCCACUGUCUUAUAUGUCAUAAGAAAUUUUUAUAUAAAGAGCAAUUACUUAGACACUCACGAACAAAUCAUUUAAAAACAUACAAAUGUCAGUUUUGUUGUAGAGUUUUCCAGUAUAAUGUUCUGUAUCGUUAUCACAAAAAAUUUUGUAGAAAAAAGAACUCACUCAAUGACUUAAAAUCUGUAGCUGGUGAUCUUUCUAUUCCAAUUAUUGAUAUUUUAAAAGUGUCUAACAUAGAGAAUUUAAUUGGUAUUAUUCCUAUUACUAAUAUGAAGAAGACAGAGAAUGCUGCAUCAGAAAAACCUCCAAUAAUGGCAGCAAUACCAGUACUUUCUCCUCUAAGACCAUAUCAAAUAGAUGUAUUUCCUGUUAUUGGGAAUCUUCCUUUAUAAAUGGAAAUACUAUUUUAUGGAAUAUAAUUGUGAGAAUUAUAUGUAAUAUACAUAUAAUAUAUUUUUUAGGUGUAAAUAUUGUAUAGGCCUAUUCAUAUGUGAUGUAUUUUAUGUGUAAAAUUAUAUUUUUAUUUCAUUAGAAUUUAGUGGGAAUUUUUAAUAGUGAAUCAAAAUAUUUUUUAUAAUUUAAUAAAUGAGAUGAUAUAUAUAUAUAUAGAAUGAAAUUUACAAAACCAUCUUUUUGGUAUCAGCAAAGACUGCUUUGUAAAUUUCUUUCUAAUUACUUCUUGAUGUUUGUCAUUAAAGACUACAUUGUGAAUGAUAAAUGUACUAAGAAUGUUUAUAAAGUUUUAGGAAUUUUGAUAUAAACAAUUGCUUAUUUUAAAAUAUUGUAAAGUAGAAGGU